GAUCAUCCUGCAAAGUCUAAAUUUUGGAUGACAAAUCCAGUCUUACUUUUGCACAACUCCAGUCUAUUUUGGUUUCAAAUGAGUUUGCUAGUCAGAAAAUGUAAAUUCAUUUAAACUAAGAUAAGCAGACCACAGCCUUGUGAAAUCACUUCUGUAUUUUAUGAAGGCUCUUUCCAUUAUCAAAAACAAGGAAUUUGCUUGUUUUUUAUUGGUGUGUAAAGUUUGCAUGCUAUUGCUCUAUUAGCUCCCCCUCUGUUAUUGAUUCGAUAGUGACUUUCUCCAGGAUAUAAAGCAAAGAAGCGUGGCUUCUGCACCACUGUGAGGUCUAUUCUUUCUGUGGAUUUAGAGAAUGCAGAAACUAAGACAUCUUCUCAGACUGAAGAACAAACUUCUGAAGGAAUGCUUAGCAGAGUUUCUGGGAACAUUUGUUCUGUUACUGUUUGGAUGUUCUGCUGCUGCUCAAGUGAAAACAAGUCAUGAGACUAAAGGCCAGUAUUUAUCUAUCAAUAUGGCCUUUGCUAUCGGAGUCAUUUUUGCUAUGUACAUCUCACGAGGAGUUUCAGGAGCACACCUAAACCCAGCAGUUUCCCUCAGUUUUUGCAUGAUUGGCCGAUUUCCUUGGACCAAAGUACCUAUUUAUAUAUUUUUUCAGAUAUUUGGUGCAUAUAUGGCUUCUGCUACUGUAUUUGCCCUUUAUUAUGAUGCUAUAAUGAAUUACAGUGGUGGUAAUCUGACAGUUACUGGAUCCCAAGAAACUGCCUCCAUCUUUGCUACCUAUCCAUCUGACUACCUGUCUCAAGCAAACGCAUUUUUUGAUCAGAUUGUAGGAACAGCUGCUUUGCUGCUCUGUAUUCUGCCAAUUGAAGAUGCCCACAAUAGCCCUGCUCCGAAAGGCUUUGAACCAGUACUUGUUGGAUUUCUGGUACUAGGAAUAAGUAUGUCGAUGAGUUCAAACUGUGGUGCUGCCAUCAAUCCAGCACGUGACCUGGGCCCAAGACUCUUCACAUGGUCUGCAGGCUGGGGGACAGCGGUGUUCACGGCCUUUGAUAACUGGUGGUGGAUCCCUAUUGUUGCUCCUAUGUUAGGAGGGGUGAUUGGUGCUUAUAUUUAUCUGCUUUUCAUUGAAUUUCAUCAUGAAGAUUCUGACAUGGUACAGCAAAUCAAGCCUUUGACGAAUCAAGGGGAUAUUACAUCACUUGCAAAUAAAAGCUCCAAAAGUGGAUCAUUUGAGAACAUUGCAGUUGAUGGGGAGAUGCAGAUGCUUAGAAUAGACCAUGACAGCAAAGAAGAAAAGCCUGAGGAAUGGGGCUAUCACAUCAGUAGCCGGCUUUAAAACACAGAACCAAGGCAAGACAGAAGAUCACAUUGGCUGCCUCAAAACAUUUCAAAUGAACUUUUAACUUGUUUAGUUCAAUUUAGUUUGUUUAUAGAUAGAACUUUUCAGUGAAGAUGUGCUCAGAGGGCUUAUUCACAUGCACUAAUAGAAAAGAGCAACAAAACAAUUACAGAAAUGCAACAUUUUCACGCAUGAACAUACAUAUAAUUUUAUAUGAACAGUAAAAUAGAAAUACAUAAAUGUACCCUAAAAUUCCGUGAUUUUUAUUGUAACAGAAGAUCUUGCCAGUGGAUGGGGAAGAGCAAAACAAAACUUCAAUUAACAACAUUCUUGGAGAAAUACAGCCUCUGAAGAGACAAUGGUCUAUUGAGAAAAGCAAUGUCACAAUUCAGUUGACCUAAGCCUUCUCGCUAACCUUCUGCAUCCUUCAAUAUCAUAUGGGGUCCAUAACUAUACUCUAGUAUAACCCAGUGGGCUAGUGUUUUGAUUGUCACUGUUGGCACUAAUGGUUCUCAUCCAUUCUGAUGUUCUCUUCCAUAGCCAGGAGGUACAGCUUGAUCAACACAUCAGUGCCAGUAAGUGAAACAGCAGGACACCAAAGAAAAACAAGAUAAUGUGAAAAAGGUAGCACCAAUGGCUAAUAAUGUUUGACUAUUUUAUUAAAGAAAAACAACUGAGAGACAUUCUAGCAGCAUAUGUCACCUAAUCCAGGUGUUUUAUGCUAAAAGAACUGGUCUUCAACCUACAUUAAAAUGCUUUUCCUUUUCUCUCUGCCUGAAAGUUCUUUGGACAAGGAAGUACAUCAAUUACUUAAAAAUAACUUCAACAAAGGAUACUGAGGUAUUACUGUAAGCUGGCAAGGUUCAGAUAACGGAAACAUUCUCUUUCAUGCAAAAUAAUUUAUGAAUCCAGCUUCCUGGUACUGAAAUGAAAAUUGCCACCCUGAAAACUCUGUCUUGUUAUUUUAUUGAGUAAUCAGGAAAUUUAGACAGCUGAUAGAGAAGAAUUGAGAAAAACAGAAAGGAGUGCAUAUGGAGUUAUUUAAUUGGGAGAAGACUUAUGAUAGCAUGCCACGUCAAGAGGCCCGGAGGUGCAUGAGAGAGAAAGGAGUACCAGAGAAGUAUGUAAGGAUUGUUCAGGAUAUAAAUGAGAAAGUGAGGACUCUGGUUAAAAGCAGCAUUGGAGUAACAGACAAGUUUCCAGAUAGAGUUGGUCUGCACCAAGGAUUAUCUUUAAAUCCUUAAGUUUUUGAUCUGGUUAUUGAUAUGUUGACGUGUGAGAUAAAAGACUAUAUUUUGAUGAUGAUAUUGUGUUUUGUUCCAUCAGAAAAGAGAAAGUGUAGAGGAAGUUAGAAUAAUGGAGAAGGGUUUUAGAAGAUAGAGGGUUGAAAAUAAAUAGGAAAAAGACAGAACAUAUAAGGAUUAAUGAUGAUCAGGAUUCAGAGGUUAGCCUACAGGGAGAACUAUUUAAAUGAGCGGAUACAUUUAAAUAUCUAGGAUCAGUGGUAGCUCAAGAUGGAAAACUAGAUACAGAGAUAACCCAUAGAGUGCAGUGUGGAUGGAACAAUUGGAAGAAGGUAUCUGGAGUAUUCUGUGAUCAAAGAAUUAAGGCAAAGGUUAAAGGUAAGGUUUUUAAGACAGUGGUGAGACCAGCAGUGAUGUAUGGAGCUGAGACAUGGGCAGUAAAAGGAACACAGGAGAAGUUGUUAGAUGUGGGAGAAAUGAGAAUGUUGAGGUGGAUGUUCUGGUUGCAAAAAAAGACAGAAAAAUAAAUGAGACAAUCAGAGGUACAACAAAAAAGGGAGAGGUAUCUUAGAGAAAGUACAGGAAAAUAGGUUGAAGUGGUUAUAGACAUGUGGUGAGGAAAAGAGUGAUGGGGAAUGGAAGUACAGGGGAAGGGAAAAUGACGAAGGCCAAAGCAGAGAUGGAUGGAUGGAUUUCACUGAGGAGGUGGUGCAGGACCUAACUGUUUGAAGAAGGUUGAUCAAGCACAUCGACUCCACAUGGAAGUGGGAAAAGAUGAAGAGGAAUGAAGGAAAUUGAAAUUGGGGCUGAUUUUCUCUCUCUUUUUCUAGCCCCUCUUUCUAUUUGCUAUGUUAACUUCUCUUGAGAACUGUACAUGAAUGAUGGAGCUGCAAACAUGAAAAACUAAGCUGAAUUUCAUACAACCUGCCUGAAGACAUCAGAAAACAAGCCACGUUUUCACAAUACAUACUUGUAAUCUAUUAGUUGAAACAAUUUCCUCUUGAAAAUUUAACUUGUCAAAAAAGUAAUUAAAAUACAUUUUGCACAUGAAAACAAAGAGGAUCAGUACAUUAACAUAUUCUUUGUUUUAUUGCUGACAUUGCAACUCACCAGCAACAAUUAUGAAGCAGAAGAAUACAACUAUUAGUCAAUGUUAUGGAAACCCUGGUUGUGUCAUAAAGUAUUGUAAGAUAAAGGGAUCAAAUGAAAAAAAAGCAAAAAAAAUCAUACUUAAGGUCAAAAUCAGGAGAGCAAUCUGGGAAUCAAACCAAAACAGAGGAAGCCAAAAGCAAAGUCAAAAAGCAAAAUUACAGUGUCUUCAGCUGAAACAAAACCUGAACUAUCUUGGGAUUUUUGCCAAUAAACUGUCUAUAUACUGUCUGAAGUAUUUAUUCAAUCUACUGCAAAUUCUGAAGAAUCUGGAUGUGGCCAUUUUAUGUGUACCACUGUUGCAAAUCAGCGGGUUACCCUUUUGUCUCAUCAACCUAAUUGUUUAGCUGGCCUUUUUUCUUAUUCUUCUCUCACUAAAGUGCUUUUGGAUGAUAUGUGCAUUUAGUAUAAAUUUAGGAAUGUAUCUUCUUAGUCAUUGUUUUAAACAGAUUAAGUGUUUCUAUUAUCAUUUUAUUUCCAUUUACCUUAUUUCUGCAGUUUGCUCCUUAAACUGAAUCUAAAUGCUGACAAUUAGUGAUGAGCAGGCACAGAUGCAAAUAACAAAGAAUUAUUAAAGCAGAUCUGCUACUUCAAUGUCACAUUCAUUUAUGAACUAAGUGUUUUUCAUCCAGCAGUGUGUGACGAGUUGUCAUUGUUUAUAAUGGUAGUGGGUCAUGACAGGUCAUGAACUUGUUCGUGGUGGGUGGAUGCUCCAACAAUUGCACUUGUUCCACAAAACACCUCCAAUGAUUGCACUUAACUCACGAAGGAGGAAACCCACCCCAGCUCUGUUGAUCGAGCUUAAUUCACCAAGGGGGUCAAAAAGACACUUUUAUGGGAUAAAGUGCAUCACAAACCCAAAAAAGGUUGAGAAACACUGCUAAGUAGUAAUAAAAGGCUAAGUCGUCCUGAAGUUCAGUCCAGCAGAUCUCCAUAAAUGCAGGUGUUCAUCCCAACAACCUUCUGCUUUUAACUGGACUCCUGCCUUUAUUACACAAGCUGCUAGUUCCCAGUUUCUGCAUUUUUUUUGUUGCAAUCCAGAAAUUACAAAAUGGCUUUGCUAAAUUUUUAGGAGCAUAUAUCAAACAUUUGUGUGUGAGAUUAUUGUUCCUUUUCAUGCUUUUUAAAAUUUUACACUUUUUCAUGUUCUGGUCAUUAAAGCCUUUUUUAUUAAUCAGCUCGCAAGAGAAUUCUGUACUGGAGUAGCUGCUCUCUUUGGUAUCCAGUGUCAUUUGCCCCUGUGUCAGUAUUGCUCACCACGAUCUGUCAGCAUGUGGAUAUAGUUAAGGGAGUAAACUGCACAGGAAAAGGUGAAUGAAAAAGAAAAUGGUAAAUGAAACUUAAUAUUUAAAGAUGCAAAUUUCUGCAUUUUGUUUGUAUGUAAAUAUACUAGCACAUGUUUCUGAGUGCAAAGUAAGAGAAAAAAUCAAUUUGAUCAUUUAGAAGUAAGACUAGACCAUUUAUUUGUAAAACUGGUUGGAAUGAAACACUGAAGCCACAGUGGUACCCCAAGACUGAACUUUGGAACUCCUGCUAUAAAGAAAGCCAAUAACAUCAUAUGUCCUGUCACUGGUGGUCACAUCAUACCUCCCUCUGACUAGAUGUUGACUCAGAGAGAGGGAGAGACUCAGCAGCGGAUCAUUGAGUUUGUGUUGUAUUGUAAGUAUUGCAUUUCAUGUGUCCUUUCUGGAUUUGAUGAUUUCCCUCUCUAGUAUUGACGUCUGCUCUCAUUGGAUGACCUGGACCUGUUAGUCUUAAAUUGCCUAAUAGACAUACCCGUUUGUCUUACUUUUUUGCCUUUUACCAUUUUAUGUCCUUUUUAUGAACAUUUAUAUAGAUUUCUGUAUUUAUAAAGGUACAUGUUUAGAGUUGUCUAAACAAUCCAGAGGUUUAUGGUUCCCCUCUCCCUUGCAAAGCAUUUUUGUGAAUUUUAGGACAAUAGAAAAUUAUUUUGACUGUUUAAAGUCAACUCUCUAUUUUGUGUCUGUAUAGGCUAAAGCAUGCAGGUAGGAGUUGGGGACUGACUGGCUUGGUUUAUAUGAGCAGGCUGGUUAAUGUCCUGACCUGCUUUUUGGAGCAUUCAGAAGGCUUGACACCUCUUUUGCCAUGUUUGUGACUACUUUAUACAACAGAAAAUACACUAAAACAUAUGCUAAAAACAAGAUAGUUGUCAGUCAACCAGGCAGAGGCUUUGGUUUGCAUAGUAGAACACUCAAAAAUGAGUGCAUAGGCUCAGGCACACAGAGUCAAAGGUGCUACUUGAUGCCCAGCCAUGCUAACAAUAUUGGCAGUCAGUAAGAUGAUCCCUGGAAUCCGGACCAUCCUUUUAUAAUAGACUGAAGCAAAAUAAAACAACAAGCACUUGUGGGCCUUUCACAGGAUCUAGUGUAGCAAUUCAUGUAUGGCAACUAACUGUCCUACCAGUGUUACCAGGGUAAACUCAACUUUUCUAUAUUUGUUUAUAAGUUUAUUUAUUCAUUUAUUCAGUUUAUUGCUGCUUUCACCUAGAGUACAAUAUUUUGCACAAUACCGGUUCUCUAAUGGCCGAUGAUGUUACAAAAUUGUAAGAUGAUGAACACCCUAUAAUGGGCUGUGUCUUUUACUACACAUUUAUUAAACACCAUAUUUCUGAGGUCCACUUGGUAAUGAUUUGUAGCUUUUCCUAAUUUCAAAUUUAAAUUCUAUUCUUUAUGUGUGAAUAAUUUUUAAAUAUUUUGAAAUAUGGUAUGUACUUUCUUUCAUAUUGUUUAGAGCUGACAGCUUUUAAAAACAUUAGUUGUCUGUUUGUUU